GUAACUCCAGCAGACAUGGCGAACGCUGACGACUUCUCCUUGCCUCAACAUCAACAAAUUCCCACCUCUACAGCGUCAUCUCAGUGGCAACACUCGAACGUACAUCAUACUAUGGACGAUCGGCAUUCCACGGGACUCACAGGUGGUAGUGUUGUUCAUCUACAGUCAGCACCAGAGGAAUUUACUUUUAUGCCCACCAUACCAAGUGAAAACGACCCACCCGAUUUAAGUGGAUCAUUAGAUGUGCCAGCAGAAGCACGGCUAGAAUUUGAUGGUCAAGGUUACUCAGCUAAAUAUUCAGAAAGAGCAUCAUCAUUUCACGGAGGAAUGACUUCGCAGUAUCUGGAUCGUAAAGGAUUUGGUUGGCUGAUGGAAGUAGAAGACGAGGACUUAGAUGAUGAAGUACCAAUACUUGAAGAACUUGACAUUGACUGCAGUGAUAUCUACUACAAAUUGAGAUGUGCUCUAUUCCCAUGUCCACAGCUUGGUUUCAAGCGUAAAACGCUGCGAGAGAAUCCUGAUUUUUGGGGGCCACUUCUGGUUGUCAUUUUGUUUUCAUUAGUAUCAGUAUAUGGACAGUUUAGAGUGGUGUCUUGGAUCAUCACGAUUUGGAUAUUUGGUUCUUUAGUGAUAUUUAUGUUAGCAAGAGUACUUGGAGGUGAAGUGACUUAUUCACAGUGUCUAGGCGUUAUUGGUUACUCAUUGCUUCCCCUCCUUGUCACAGCAACAGUCAUGCCAUUGGUGCAUUCGUUUUAUUACCUAGCUUUUCUUAUCAAGAUUCUUGGUGUAUUUUGGGCAGCGUACAGUGCUGGUUCACUCCUCAUUCAAGAAGACCUUUCAGCAUAAAAAGCCCUUCUUAUUUACCCAGUCUUUUUACUCUAUGUAUAUUUUUUUUCAUUGUACUCUGGUGUUUAACAAAGGAUUAUUUUCUAUUUAUGUUUUGUUUGAAACAACCCACUUCAGCUAAAAUUUAGACCAAGGUUUUGUAAUGUGAAGAAACUUCAAAUGAUCACUGUAGCCCAGACUUUCUUCAUGUUUCUUGUUUGUAACAUGAACCAUGUUGUGAUGUAUAGUGAUUUUUAAACUUGGGUUCUUGGUUAUAUGCUGCAAUUGUGAAAAAAGAAGCACACUAUUUUCUUCAUUAGAAGGCAAUCCACAUUAUGUAAAUGCUCAUUAUCAAAGUACUUCAGUUUUGUGAAAAUCAAUUCCUUUUUUGCCUUUAAACAAAUACAAUUGUGGAAGAAAGAAGAGAAAAACUGUUCUUGUGAGCAUGGAUAAACCAAAUUACUUUGGACAAAGAGUAAAGCUACAUUUAUUAUAUUAUACAUGUGUAAAGCUAUUUUGGCUAUUCAUGAAGCCUUUUAGUAAGUGAUGUGUUAUCCACUACAGUCUAGAGGGGGCGCUACCAUCUUUAUAACUGCAAUUACAGAGGAUUUUACCCAUGGCCAACCUCAAUAAGAUUACAGGUAUCUAAAAAAACAUUUUCUAGUUUCAAAAAUGUUAAAAUGUAUGAUUUUCAGGUUUCAAUGUACUAAUAACAUUAUUAUAUUUAAAUUUGAUUGACCAUUUAGUUAAUAAUAGACUUUAUAUUGUAUUCUUUAUCUUGAUUGUGCUUCAAACAUGCUAUUUUCUGUAUUUGCAUACAUCAUUUGUUACAGUGUAUCUGUUACAGUAAAACCAAUGAUGUAUACGAAUUGUUGCUGCGUAUUAUGACUCGUUAAAAUACAUUUCACUUACGUUUAUUACACUCGAAUAAAGUCUACGCUU